AUGGACGAGGCGCCUUCUCGAGAGGCAUGCAUAGCUCAUGCUGUUGCUUCGUUGCAGCGUAGCGAUCUCAUGAGCGAGAUACCCACGACAGACACUUUCCAGGCGCUCAUGACGCGGUAUGCUCCUGGCUACAGACGCUCACGAAGCGAUACCUUUCCCUUGACGGAUCCCACCUUGACGGCGUCACAGCUCGUAUCGCAGGCUGCACAAGCAGACCACUGGCGACGGAUCGUAUCCAUGACAAAAGAAUACAUUCUCACCUCUGUUCGCCAUUCCGAAGCGCCCCCCGCAAGUGAUGUGGAUACGCUUUUGGCUUGGUGGCACCUGCGCCUCGUCUCUCUAUGGAAGCUCCACUUCUUUUCCCACCUGCAAGAGGAAAUGCAUGCGCUAUGGCAGGUCUUGGAAUCUGUGCAAGUUUACGAGGGAAAUGAUCUUCGUGUCCUGGUCGACACGCCCCAUGUGUCUUUUCCAAUGCAUGUGCUCCGGGCGCAGGUGCUGCUACAAAAUGACCGACGCCGCGGUGUCCAGCUUCUUUGGAAACACAUGCAGCGCGCGAAAGAGGCAUCGGCUGAUUCCUUGUGGCGAGCUCGAUACGUCCGUGUUGCAUUGCUGUUAAGUUCUUUGCUUGUGGAAAUGGAUGCAUUGCCUGCUGCCACAUCGUUGGUGGAUGAGCUUGCUUCUGGGCUGGGCUCGACUGACGCGGCACUCGCGCUUGUUCUGUGUCGGCUGUACUUGCAAAUGAGUGACAUGGCGUCCGCAUCUCGGAUGCUGAGUUGUGCGAAGAGUGCGGCGGACCCUGCAGACGCUGCGCUGCAUACUGCCAUUCUGAAUCACGAAGCGAUGACCCGGUUUAUACACGAGCCCCAUGCAGACCACGAAAAACUCGUGGUUAACAAAGAAGUUGUGGACCAGGCUCUGACCAAUACCAUGGCAUUAGACGCUUUCUUCCAUGGACACAUCCUCGAGAGCAUACAAAUCUUAGAGCGGCUCAUGCACGAGCAUCCAACCACAUUUACUACCACUCGUGCUCUUGCCCCCAAUCUGCUAACGCUGCACUCCAUGGGUGCAAAUCAUCCUCAAGAAGAGAAGCAGCGCGUCGUACGGUUCCUGGUGCAGUCGGCCGGCGACGAUCCCUGGUUUGUCGACCAGCGAGCCGGAUAA